AUGCUGGCUCUGAACCUGUUCCGCUUCUUACAGCGUCCUUUGACAUUUGUCUGCGAGGACUUGCUUGCCAAGAUCUGCACGGUCAAGAUUGGAGGAUGCGUUUUGGUCCUCCUGCAUGAAGUGAUCUGGGUUCUCCCUGCCGUCAAGCGGGUGGCCCCGUGUUCUGCGUGGUGUGCCUUGGGCAACACGUUGCUCAUGGACACCAUCGUCUUGGCUUUCUUGAAAGUUCCUCGCGAGGAGCGAUGUGGCCGACAAGCCGCUUGCCGUGUGCUCCAUGCGGCGGUCAGCCUGACCAGCGAUUUUCUGCCGUUUGCAGCGGUAUUCUUCCUGUGGCUGGCGUCAUUGGGGAUGGUCAUUGCGGCUUCCCUGGUGCCUUGCAUGGCUCUCUUGCUGCACGAGGCUGUCCGUGAUUUGCGCCGCAGACGGCAGCAACACGGAACCCUCCAAAUGGCCGUGUUUGUCCUUUGCUCCGCAGUUCGAGUAAUGUCUUCCUUCUCAGCUAGCGAGCUGAAGGACAAAGACAUUCUUGCCAUUUGGAUGGAGCGUGGAUCGUUAGCGCUCUGGCUCGUCCUGGAGGUUGCUGUGUUUUCCGACGUCUCCAUCGUGCGCAGAGGGGUGUCCUGUGCCAGAGACGGAACUUCGCAGGUUCUAUGGAGCAUCGCUUGUGUUGGUCAGAUCAUCCUUGUGGCUUGCAGCCUGGUGAACCCCUCUACGACACCUUCUGGGGAAGGAUGUCGGGGCGUCAAACUCUUCCCUAUCUUCCCUUCUCCCCGGCGACAAGGUGCAUCCGAAUCCUCGACCGUUUGGCUGUGGCGGCUGCGAGAAGCCCUUGCUGGAUCCUGCCGCGGGAGCACGGCCAGCACGCUCCAGGUCACCGCCCUGAUGCUUAUGCUGGUGUGCUACUGGAGCAUCCACGCGCCGGUUUUGACGGGAUGGUUCAGGCGGACGAGACAGGCGAUGGUGCAAGCAUUAACACACAUCGAUCCCAGCCAGGUUAUCUUCUUCGAUCAUCCCUGUCACAGCACUUGCGGCAAUCAGAAGUGGACACUUGGAGCAUGUGCCACGUUUGCUGCAGUGUUCGUAUCUCGUGCAUUACACGGUCUGUCCAUCGGCUCCCCUGCUGUGGCACAGGUUCCGGCAGAACAGCGCCUGACCUUUGCAGCGAUUGAUGCUGCAGAUGCAGAGUCUAACCGCAGAGUCAAGGCCAUGCGCCUCGCCUGCGAAGAGGCGCGGCUGCGACAAGAAGCUGCCGAGGCCUAUGCACGGGAAUCUGCGGAGAAAAGAAGGUUCGGAGAUGAAAGUGCUGCAGCCGAGCUACAGACACAAGGUUCGCAUGAAGCAUCCGCUGCGGAGGUCGCGGUGCCCCCGGAGGUCAUGCCCUAA